AUGAAUGAUUCAUUAGACAUCGAUGAAUCGUUGAUCCCGGUUAGGGAUUUUAAGCCCGCCAGUCAGAGCAUCAUCUCCUUUGAUGGGAUGUUAUCGAACCCUCUACUUCUCCAGGAAGAUCUAAAGGAAGGGUGUGGAGGCCAGCUAUGGCCAGCGGGGAUGGUCCUGUCGAAGUACUUGCUACGCCAACAUCAAUCUAGCUUUCUCGGUAAAACAAUAGUUGAACUUGGAGCCGGCGGCGGUCUCGUUGGCCUUGCGCUUGCACGCAAAUGUCACCCUGAGGUGCCACGAAUUUACAUUACGGAUCAAGCUCCCAUGUUGCCCCUGAUGAAAACGAAUAUCAAGCUCAACAAUCUUUCUUCUACAGUCGAAGCUACAGUACUAAACUGGGGAGACUCCCUCCCAGACUGCAUCCCAAAGCAUCCCGCAAUUAUCCUUGCCGCUGACUGUGUUUACUUUGAGCCCGCCUUCCCGCUACUAAUCUCGACCUUGAAUGAUCUUCUUGGUCCAGACUCUGUCUGUUACUUCUGCUUUAAGAGGCGUAGAAGAGCAGACCUCCGUUUCAUGAAACAUGCAAGGAAGAUGUUUGAUGUGGACGAAAUCCGGGAUGACCCUGAUGCGGAGACAUACCGGCGCGAGAACAUUUUCCUCUACCAGAUAAGGUUGAAGUCGGACAAGAGGGGUGUCUAG